GACCAGAUCAAGUUGCCGGGCACUGUGCCGCAUAAAUCUCCACAAGGGAAAGGAGGAUCAGAGACUGCUACUGGUAGCAAAGCCCGAUCGAGAUCCCUUCCCUCCUCCGGACUCCACUCCUCUUCCCGCGCACGCGCAGUUGGUGCGUCGCGUGUCCGUGCCUGCCUGCCUGCCUUUCUUCAUCCUCGGCCUGCUGCUGCUGCUGCUGCUGGCCUAGCUAGCUUCCCCUUCACCCCAAAGGCACCAACCAGUGGUGCCGUGGUGGCAGCCGCAGCCCCAGCCCGCAGGAGCAUCAGGAACUAGCUAGGGAAUCUAGUGGGGAGAGGCAAGAAAGGAAGCUCGAGAGAGAGACUUGCUCUUGACAAAAGCGAGAGCGACUGCCGCCGGGGCCGGGGCAGGCAGCAGGAGAGGAGCUGGGACCAUUUCUUGGCUCCUCCCUCAAGUUCCCGGCGGGGCUGCGAUCAUGAGGUCUCAGCGAGGGAGGAGCAGUUGGGCCCUGACGAGCCUCCUCCUCCUCCUACAGAGCUGAUGCUGAGAGAGAGCAUCACUGGGGUCUUCGAGAGAGAAAGGAGCAGACCCAGAGAGUGAUUGGGAAAGAGAUUGAGGAGGGUCGAGACGAAGAAGAUGAGCUUCAACAAGAGCAGCAGGGGUGGCGGCGGACUCGGAGGCGCAGCAGGAGGAGGAGACGAGCUGGUGCUGCGAGGCUCCAUCUCCAAGAAAUGGACCUUGCUCCUCUGCCUCGGCAGCUUCUGCAUCGGCCUCCUCUUCACCAACAGGAUGUGGACGAUGCCGGAGCCGAAAGAGAUCAUCAGGAGGUCGACACUCGAGGUGGAAAAGAUGAGCCUUGUUGAGGGCGAUUGUGCUCCGAAAAGCAUCGGUGACGCAAAAGAUGUUCCUGGAGAGGUUCCAAGAACUCAAGAUGUUAUACAGACACUGGACAAAACGAUAUCAAACCUCGAAAUGGAGCUUGCGUCUGCAAAGGCGUCACAGGAGUCCAUGCUCAAUGGUGCCCCAAUGUCCGAAUCCACAGGGAAACGGAAAUACUUCAUGGUCAUUGGCAUCAACACUGCCUUCAGCAGCCGGAAGAGAAGAGACUCAGUCCGUGCUACAUGGAUGCCUCAAGGUGAGAGAAGGAGAAAGAUGGAGGAAGAGAAGGGCAUUAUCAUUCGCUUCGUCAUCGGUCAUAGUGCGACUCCUGGCGGCAUACUUGAUCGAGCAAUUGAUGCAGAGGACAGGAAACAUGAGGACUUCAUGAGGCUGGACCAUGUUGAAGGGUACCUGGAACUGGCAGCAAAGACCAAAGCGUACUUCGUCGCAGCUGUGUCCAUGUGGGAUGCAGAGUACUACAUCAAGGUCGACGACGAUGUACAUGUAAAUAUAGCAACUCUUGGAAACGUGCUAGCAAGACAUCGCUCCAAGCCUCGAGCUUACAUUGGCUGCAUGAAGUCUGGCCCAGUGCUAGCUCAGAAGGGCGUGAGGUACCACGAGCCUGAAUACUGGAAAUUCGGAGAAUGGGGAAACAAGUACUUCCGACACGCGACCGGUCAGCUGUACGCCAUCUCCAAAGAUCUGGCCUCCUACAUAGCACUCAACCAGCAUGUUCUGCACAAAUAUGCUAAUGAGGAUGUAUCCCUGGGAUCCUGGUUCAUCGGAUUGGACGUCGAACACGUCGAUGACCGUCGUCUCUGCUGCGGCACUACACCAGAUUGCGAAUGGAAGGCGCAGGCGGGGAACGUCUGCGCUGCGUCGUUCGACUGGAGCUGCAGUGGCAUCUGCAAAUCUGCUGAUCGGAUCAAGGAAGUCCAUCAGCGUUGCGGUGAGAGUGAGAAUGCGAUUUGGAAUGCAAAGUUUUAAACCCAAGAUCGCCCAGCCCAGAUAAUACAUGGAAAACACAUACAUACGUACGUAUACAAAGAAAACAUGGCUCAACAGUGUGUGGCACAGAAGGCAUAUGGUGAUUCACUCAGGUUUGCAAGUGCAGAACCAGACUGAAGAGCAUGAGAUUGAGAGCGCGAUGAUGUACACUCAAGUGUACAUGCAUUAUGGUAGAGAGGAGGGGGUGUUUUUGUUUUUGGGUGUUUUGGCUUAGGAAUUGGAUUAUUGUAAGGGGGCUUUUCUUUUUUGGUGUUCGAAAAGAUCCCAGGUUUUUACUCAUAAAGAGAAGCUAGGAGAGGAUCAUGAUGAGGAAGAGAGUGAAAGGAGAGGGAGACAGGGCAUCUCCCCCCACCAUUCUUUGAAAGGUCCUCAUCGAUGUUACUGGUUGAUUUCAAAAUAACACAAUAAAUUUCUUCUCCAAGUUAGUUCAUUUCACUUUAUGCACUGAA